AUGUCCCGGUUUGAUAGCUUGCAGUCGAGAAAAGGGAGUCGCUUGGGCAACUCAGGAAACAAGUUGGAAUUCCAGGUCCUCACCCGCAUUCAUCACAUACCGUCGAAGAAAAGCGAUCUCGACGGAUCUGCAGAUUAUCUCGACGGAAUCAAACUCGACGUGAAAGCCAGCAAAAGAUUUCAAGAUGGUGCUCGAAUUUGCCAAGACCAAUGUUUCCACUAUUGGAGGACCCAAGAGCAAGUUGAAGAGACGAGCUUUGCCUCUAGGGUGGGCGGAGGCGACACCAAGAAAAUCUGGGAACAGAAACCACGACAGGAGAAUGGAGGCAAGGGUCCCAACGAACACGGAGCAUGGGGUCCCCGGCUCAAGAGCAAACAGCACUUCCUGGAAAUGCAUCUGCGCUAG